CCGGGUAAAGGAUAUCAUUUGAGCAUGAAACCAUAUAAAAACCUCGCACCAAGUUGCCAUUUUCUAUCAAUUGUAACACUCGAUUGAACAACGCGAUCAAAUUGAAUACAAAUUUUCAAUGGACAUGCGAAUGUUAGUAAUCCUUUUGCAGAUCCUGGUGGUUUCUUUUGAAUUUGCGUAUGGUGCUGUUAUAGACAGAAACCGUGCAGUUUUAGAAUCGAGAAGCAACUGGAAUUAUGACGAUCCCAGCAGUCUAUGGCCUGUCGACUUCCCAAUGUGUGGAGGUGAGCAACAGUCCCCAGUUAAUCUUGAUCGACUGACUGUUAUCGAGGCUACCUACCCAAAACUAAUGCUCGCUAAUUAUGACAAGGUUUUUGUCGAGACUCUUAGUAACAAUGGACACACAAUUGUUCUCCAGUUGCCUGAAAUAUUAUCGAGUGAAGAAGUGCCACACCUGAGCGGUGGUGGAUUGCCGGGCAUUUACAAUUUCGAUCAUCUUCACUUCCAUUGGGGUAGUGACUCCAAUCGAGGCAGUGAACACAGAAUCUCUAACCAAGCGUUCCCGGCAGAACUUCAUAUCGUCCACUACAAUCAAAAGUAUGCGGAUUUGGCAACUGCGUCUGGAUUUUCCGAUGGUAUAGCAGUAUUAGCUAUCUUGAUCGAGGUAUCAACCAGGGAUAACAUUGCUUUCCGUCACAUUCAACAUUUUGAACAUAUUAUUCACCCUGGAGGUUCUCCCACUUCUAACGUGCCGCUUCCGAUUCCACUUGAAGAUCUGAUUCCUGACGAUCCUGACGCGUUUUUCCGAUAUGAUGGUUCGCUCACAACUCCCGAAUGCAACGAAUCAGUUAUUUGGACAGUAUAUGAAACUCCCAUCGCGAUUUCAGAGCGUCAGUUGGACAAGUUCAGGGAGCUAUUCACCUCUGGGAAUAUUCCAAUGGUCGACAAUUACCGUCCUAUUCAACAAAUAAACAACCGUAUCGUAACAUAUCGUUCAUCAAGUUUUUAACUUGAUGAAUGCAUUGCAAACAGCCAAUCGAAAAUGUCGUGAAAACUAUACCAAAGAUACAAGGACCAUUUCUGGGGAAACCCCCGCUUGUCGACUGCUGUUUUCUUUAUUCAAUUGUAUUUCCAAAAUUUAUCGAGGAAUAAAACGUGAUUGCCUUGUGA